AUGAAUGAAGACGGAGAAUUGACGGCCGAAGCCAAGAAGUUUGGUCAUCGUUCCCCCUAUUCGUCGGAUAAUUUACAUAUUCAGGAAGUAAACACCGCCUUCGUUUGUUUUGGUUACGGUCAGGAAGGCAUAUUCCAUAAAGACAUCAGCGAAAGUGUUCUGUUCGUUUUCUACUUGAAGUUGAACGCUUCCACCAAAGAGGUUCCACGAAAGUACGAUGAUAAUUUCGUCUACUCUUCUCCCCCUGAAACAGCUAGUCCAUUCCAUUCGAAUCUUUUAAGUGAUGCUUUCGUUUAA